AUGAGCAGAGAACAUCCCCCUGAGCCCCUUGAUUUCUUCAUCUGGACCGUUGAGGAUGUUGGAUCUUGGCUCGAGGAGAUAAACCUCGGGAGCUACCGUCAGAUUUUCAAAGAAAAUGGUGUCAAUGGAGAAUAUCUAGAAAGCAUGUCGGUGUUUACAACCGAACAGAUCCUUCACUUCAUAAGGAGGCAUCACAUGAAAUGGGGAGACUUCAUUACCCUAUGUAAAGAACUCAGACGGAUCAAAGUGGCUUGCUUGAAAGGCGAGCAGAGAGUUCGACGACCAUGGUGGGCACCGUCUUGUCUCUCAGUAGUCUUUGUCAAGGCGGCUAAGCGCAACCGACAGUCCCGUGUUGUAUCUCUAAAGCUUGAAUCUUGA